CCACGCUCCUCCAAGCGGAGAAGUAUUUUCCUCUACACACAAAGUAAGAUAAAUACACAGUUUUUAUUUAACAACAAUGGGCGGACAAGCAAAAACUAAAAAGAAAAGCAAAGCUAAAAGAAAAGACACCAAACCAAAUGGAGGUGCCUUGAUGUCACCACAGGAAAGAAUGAAAGCAAAGAUGCAGGAAAGGGCCAAAAAGAAAACAGCUGAAAAAUACACUGUCGAUCAAUUAUUGGAAAAGACUGAAGAGUGUAUAGACAACUUUGACUUUGACAUGGCCAGUCUGUACUGUCAGCGAGCGCUGGAUAUUGAACCGACUAACCUGACCAUCCUGGACAUGUUGGGGAACAUCUGCGCCGAGCUGGGAGAUGUAGAGAAAGCUAAACAAGUGUAUCUGAAGGCUGUGGAGCUCAGUCCAGAUGAGGGCCAUAGUAAGUACAUGUACCUGGGGCAGAUUCAUGCAGGCAUGGAGGCUGUACAGUACUUCAGUAAGGGAACUGAAGUCAUGCUCAACACCAUGGACAAACACACCAAUGAGGCUAGUGCAUUUGGAGCGGCCGCAUUCCCCUCAGAGGUUGCUGUCACAAGGAAGGAGGUCUCUGUGGCUUUCUGUUCCAUCGCUGAAAUCUUCUUCACAGAUCUCUGCAUGGAGGAGGGCGCUGCUGACCGCUGUAAAGAGGCCAUCGAUAAAGCUCUACAGUACGACGAACACAACCCUGAGGCUCUGCAGCUGAUGGCCAGCUAUCUGUUCAGCAUUGAGAAAACUGAGGAGGGGCGUGACUACCUGAAGAAGAGCGUGUCGUCAUGGUUACCUAGCCUACAGAAAAAGGAAGAGUCAUCGGUGAGCGCAGCACACGACAUGGAGGAGGAAGAAAAUCAGACUAAGAGCAACAUCCCACCAUAUGAAUCCAGAAUAACAACAGCCAAACUGCUGAUCGAGGCCGAGGAGUAUGAGAUGGCCACAGAGGUGUUGGAGGAUCUUCUAGAGGAGGAUGACGAGGUUGUGGAGGUGUGGUAUUUGUUGGGAUGGCUGUUUUAUUUGCAGCUGGAUAAACAAGACCUGACAAACAACAGUGUGAACUUCAGAAAGUCAGCCUGGACGUACCUUAGCAAGGCCAAAAAGCUUUAUGUGAAGCUGCGCUGUGAGGACGCACCCAUGUUUGAGCAUACGGAGCAGCUGCUAGCAGAGCUGGGUGGAGGUGAUGAUGAUGAUGAUGAUGAUGACGAAGCUGGACCUUCUCUAGAGGACAUUGAGGAUGAUUUUAUUCAGAGCAGCGAUGAAGAAGAAGAUGCCAUGGAUCACUGACUGGGCUCUUUUCACUCUUGUUUAUUCUAAUUGGCCUCAUCCAGUCAGACUAUUAAAACUAAAAGCAGAUGGCUGCACCUUCACACAGUUUCCUCUACCCUCUCUAUCCCUCCUUAUUUCUUUCCACCUUUUCUUCCUUUCUUUUCGAGUUCAAGGAUGUUCUGACUGAAGCUGGGUGUAUUUUCUGUUUGCCUUGUUUUUUGUUUUUUGUUUUGCAUGCUGAGACUGCGAACGAUCAGGACAUGUCACAUUGAUCUGGUCAUUGAUCAAGUUUGUGUUUCUUAGUUCAUUUAUUUCUACUGUUUUAGAAGACUUACAAAUUGUUAAAAAGUGUCAAAAUAGAAACAAAGGCAUUUCUAAUUCCAUUUAUUUCAUCUUGUUUUGUUUUGUAGUUAUAUGGAAUGAGAAAUGUCUUAAUGGACUAAAGUUUUUUAAAAACAAACAGCUAAAUGCCCAUAUAGAUGCUUAUGUUUCCUUGAAAUGAUGAUGAUGAUGAUAACAGUGUAAAAUCAUUGUUGUCUCAUUCUGAUUUCAUUAUUUUUUGAAGUCUUGUGAGAAUGUAAUCAGCCAGUGCAGAAUCUGCGCAAUGAACCCUCUAGAAGACAUUUCAUCUCUCAACACACUUGAGUGUUUGUUAAUGUCCUUCACCUAAUGAUAAACCUAAGGAUCAUUUUGGUAAUGGAAAAUAGUUUGUUUAUCUUGAUGCAGAGCCCAGAAAUGUGGUGUGAUAAUGCCACAAUAACAAUACAUUAUUAUAAUGAGCCUUGAUGUUUGUUUGUUUUUGUCUUUUCCGAUGCUCCCUGUCUGUUGUCCAGCCUGUACAGAGAACCGUUCUUAUGAACUACCACACUUUUUCCACAUCAAAUAUUUCAGAGAUGCUACAACAAGCCUCCUGAGUUCAAAUGAGACAUCUGGUUUCAUGUAGUGAAUUCUAAGCAAAUCUCAUAAUCCGAUCACACGAGGCCUGCCAGUUCAUAGCUUUAAUGGAGAUUCUCAAGUUUUAAUUAAGCGUGUGAACUUUUAGCUUCUCGAAAAUGGUGAGCUUGGAUGAAAUUAUAAUUUGACUUUUUUUAUGUAACUUGAUUAUGCCCAUAAAAAUGAGUAUAAACCAUCUUAUACAUACAGCACCUUUGAAAACGUUCGGGUCAUUAUGAGUUUGUGCGUUUCUUCAUGUUUAAAAAUGUCUCAUUUUUCUAUCAAGGAUGCA